AAAACAAAGACAAGAUUUUUAUCGGUUUGCUUUUUGUGCACAUCCAGGAGGAGCGGAGCAAGAGAAUGUCUGCGGAGGAGAUACCGGACGAGCUAUGGAGGAAGGUACUAGAGAUUGGCGUAAAGUCAUCGACUUUCUCCUACAAAGACCUCUGCUGCAUCUCCAUCUCCUCUCGCCGUCUCUGCCGAUUAUCCUCCGAAGAUUGCCUCUGGCGCUUUCUGCUCGUCAUUGAUUUCCCCACCCACAUCGACUCUACUUCUGAAUCUCCGACCAAGUUUGUCUACAGGACAAGGUUUGAGAGGGAGAAGGAGAGGAGACUAUCUGCGCAUAGAAGAGCUCUGCUGAGGAAGGAGAGUGAGAUUUUGGAGUGGGGGAGGAGGAUUCGUGAAUUGGAGAGGAGGUUAUCAGAGGAGGCAGAGAGGUUGCAGGCUGCUUCUGUUGAGUUUUCGAAUUUGCAGAGAGUCAGGCAAGCAUCAGUAGCUUUGAACGUUUGGCAGCCUGAGGUUGUUCGCGGCAGACAAAAGCAAAUGGUUGAGCAAAACGCUGUUCCUGUCGAGGGACGGUUGCGUGCGCUUGAGAUGGAGAUUAAGUUAUGCAAACAGCAAAUCACCGGCGUGAACAGGGCACGUAGGGAGGUGAAACAACGAUUUGACGUGGCUAGGAAAGAGCUAGAAUCCAUGAAGUAUCAUCCUUUACGAGAUUAUAAGUCUAUACGUAGUGGAGACCAAGCAAGUAAUGCCAAGAGGAAGAAGUUGAAAACGAGCAUUAACUUUCCGGAUAAAAACCCAGCAAGACCCAGUAACAAGAAGAAGCUGUUACACUUAGAAUCAGAAUGAUGGUCGGCUUGAACCAUUCCACAGAGAGACAGAUAGAGAGCGCUGUGAGUUGUUGUUGUAUUAUUACUGCUUGUUGUUUCUUUUCCAGUUAAAUUUUUUAGCAAGAACAUUGGAAUCUUGUUACAGAAGUGAAUGUUUGGUCUUGUCUGUAAUCCAAUACUGCAGUAUAAUGAAUAAAAUGCAUUUGUUGAAAAUGAAA